AUGGAAAAUAACAGACACGUCACAGUGUGCUAUGGGACACUCUUCAUGACCUGCAGUGCAACUGGUUGCCAUGGAGACCGUGCUGUUGUCAAGACAGCCGAUUGGCGGGUGCUUGGGUGCUUCCUCGGGAUCCGGCCAGGCACAGCCAUCGGCCCGCACUGCGGAGACAGCAGCAGCAUGGACGGGACCCGGGUGGACGUGUGGGCAGACACCUUCGCCCAGCUCAUGGCUGAGAGGAAGCCCCAGGACAUCUGGGUCCUGCAUCCCCAGGAGAGCCUGGUUGCUGGGCACUUGGAUGGUGGCGGUCUCCAGUACCAGCUGAAGGGGCUUUCGAGGUUCCAGUGUAGCCGCUGCCCGUGGACCUGGAACUCUGCCCAUGUGCACAUUCUCUUCCACCUGUGGUGGGACAAGGACAGUGGCCAGGGACUGGUGAAGAUGCGUGUGUGGGGCCAGCAGUGCCAGCUGUGUCCCCCAGGCACCCUUGGAGACUGCCAGGUGAGCCCCAGUGACAUCCCAGUCUUCCUUGGCAAGCUGGUCCUGUACAUUCUGUGCAAGUGCUAUGAGGACAGCUAUGGCCCUGAACUGUACCCUGAGGCCCAGCCAGGGGACGGCUGUGAGGCCUGUGAUCUGGGUGUCUGCUUCCUCCAGAGGGCACCCAACCCUGCCUGGGGGCCUGUGCUGCAAAGCACCAGUGCCCUGGAAGACCGGCAGGCCACACAUAGCUCUACCACUGAUACCAACAGCCAACAGCUGUGUGCCCCGCACCGCUGCUCCGUGGACCCUUUCUCUGGGAGCAGUGACUUCCUCAGUGAGGGUGACUGCAUCAUUGUCCCCUUCUCCCUUGCGGAUGUCACUGACAUCUCUGGAGAGGGCUCCCUCCUAGCAAUUGGUGGCAGCAGGCCACCCAUGAUGGGCCAGGGCUCCAUCUACCUGUUUGGAAGCUCUGUGGCUAUACCUGAUGGUAAAGGCAUCCUGGUGAAUGUCAGAGAACCCAUCUUCCAUGACCAAGGCCUCCUGGGCAGCACUGUGAAGACCUUUGAACUCAGAGGCUUCCUGUUUGGAGGCCAGGACUCCACACCCAGCCCCAUUGGUGUGGCCAAGGGUCAGGGCCCCAUCACCUUCCGCAACUGCAAUGUCACUCCUGGGAAUGACCUUUAUCCAGUGUCCUACACCAUUGGCCUCAGGGCCAAUGGGGAGGGCGUCAUCAUCUUCCCCUUAUCCUUAACCAACAUCAUCAGAGGCAAGGGCCCCUUUGUCAACAUCACUGAGGGCACAGGCAGAGAAGAUGGCAGCCAGAACCCUGCCUCUGGUGGUGGUGACCCCCCUCCAGAGACCCACAGGGAGGGCCACACUGCUCGUGAGGAGGGCUCUGUCACCUUCCCCUUCACCUUUACUGACACUGCUAAUAUUACUACUGAAAAUGGCCGGGACCUGGUCACUGCUAGCCACAGCUGUCCUCCAGAGACCAAUAGCCCUAUCUCCAUUAGCAAGGGUACCAUCACCAUCCCCUUCUCAGUCUUCCGUAUCAUAAGACACCAGGGCUCCAGCCAUAUGGCCAAUGGCCCCCAAAGCAAUGGCUUUGUCACCUAUGGCUACUACAAGAAGAGGCGGCUGAGAUCUAGGUUUGGCAAGUCCCGCUGCGGGUCCCGCCGGGAGGGGGACUUCCACUCCAGCAGGGCCUCUCGCAGGUCACGUGCGGAAGCCUCCGAGGACUUCUGGAUCUGCGUGUCCAUGACCAUGUGCAUUUUCUGGUUGAUGUGCAUGUACAGACUGAACCUCGGCGGUUACUAG